AUGUAUAUACAAAACGGAAGAGCCCUACUAUUAGUCCUCUUUGCAGUAACCUGCCUUGUGAGCAGUGAGGGAUAUAAAACCCUGCCUUACUCUGUCCCCGAAAGGCAUCCAAUUGACGAAAUUUUGUACGAUCGUCCCAUCAUUGAUAACCAUCGAACAAUGCUUGGUAAGUAA